UUUUGUAAGGAGUCUCACAAUAAUGAACAUGUGCUAUUGUUGGCAAAAUUUAAUUCCAUCUGUUGCCUCUAAUCAUCUCUACCUCUCCUCAUUCAAGGCACGCUCAUCAAAUAAAGCAAACCCUAAUUAACAACCUCACCAAACAUGUACUGCCUGUUUAAUUUCUACGAUGAAGAGAUUUAGGAAAUUGAGUGCUCCAACCUGUAAUUCUUCUUUGUAAUGAAAGAUUUGGUCCGUAUUGAAGAUAAGCUCUUAUUUAUAAUCUACAUUCAAGUAAUUUAGUAAGUGUAAAUUGUCUGUUCAUUACUACAAUCAUUCCUCUUCAUAAGAAGCAGAAUGGUAGUUGGCACGGGAAGUUUUUCUUUAUUGAUGAACCAUCAACUAUCUGCUUGAGUUUUCUGAGAAAGUCUGCAAUAUACUUUAAGGCAUUGCCUUCUUCUAGUUAGUUCAGAAUUUAUGGCAAUGUGGGCACCAGGGGGAGGUAAUUCCUGGAAUCUGCAGGAACAGAAGCUGCAUAUAGACAUCAGUUUUUUCGUAUCUGAAUUGGAAUUGUGUCUUAACAUCAAAAGUUGCAUUGUUUUAUGAUGGUUGGAAGAUUGAGGAUUAAGAGAAAACUUUUAGCCCUCCUGAGAACAAAAACGGUGAAGAAGAGAACAAUCAUCAUGGGUCUAAAAUCUGAUAACUAUAGUAGAGGGGUGCUUCUUCAGUUACUCAAUACAGUUGUUCAGCCUGGAGACAGUGUGCUGGCAGUUCAUGUUGAAGAACCAAAUGAUUCUUUUGAUCUCAACACUUUUCACAUUCAUGAAGACAUAUGCAAGUCCAAGCUGGUUGAUUUCCUUGUCAAAGUCUGUACUGGAGACUCAUACAUAUCAGAAUUAUCCAAUGAAGUACGAGUCAAUUAUGCGACAAUCCUAGCACUUGGAUGCGGCCAUUCAGGGCCCAAAGAUUCAGUAGUUAAUAAAUGCUUGAAAGCCUUGCCUCCCACUUGUACUCUUCUAGUAAUGGAUAAUGUUGGAAUUCAAGUUCAGAUGCAGGGAACCUCACAGCAAGGAUCUACAAAAGUAGUCCUUCAACCUUCACUAUCAUCUCCAUUGAAAUACCCUUCCUUGGAUUUGAAGCAACCGGCAACCAGCCGUCAGUUGAAAAAGUCAUUCACUGCACCAUCUGCCUCAAUGUCAUCACCAAUCAGACAAAAUUGUGCUUUGAGACUCUGCAGUUUAAAGAAAACAGUGCAGGUUCCUGACUUCCUAUCACAAGAACUCUCUCAGAGAUGGUUACUCCUAGAAGCUGGGGGAUCCAUUAGGCGCUUCACGUCACAAGAGCUCAAUCAUAUCACUGAUGAUUUCAGCCCUGAAAUGUUGAUAGGAGAAGGUGGGAGCAGUGUGGUUUAUAGAGGUAACCUAGAGGAUGGUCAGAUGGCAGCAGUCAAACUCUUCAAAAUUAGACUCUGGUCAGAAGAGGAUAUUUUCCAAGAAGUAGAGUUGUUAUCAAGUAUGAAACAUGAGAACAUCGUACAAAUAAUUGGGUAUUGUCACAGCCAGGAAGUCAAUGCCGUAGUGUACAAUUUACUAAAUGGAAGCCUGAAACAAUAUUUGAAACAACUCAAGUGGAAUGAAAGGAUGGCUGUUGCAAUUGGUGUUGCGAAGGCACUGGCUUAUCUUCAUCACUGUUGUGACCCUCCAAUCAUUCAUAGAAAUGUGAAGUCAUCCAACAUCCUCCUCUCUGACAGUUGCCAGCCACAACUCUCAGACUUUGGAGCUGCAAUUGUUCAUCAAACCCAGCAAGCCUCAGCAAACAUAAAGCCAACUGACAUUAUCGCGACCUUUGGAUAUCAAGCCCCUGAAUACAUGAUGUAUGGAAAGGUUGAUGAGAAGAUUGAUGUGUACUCCUAUGGGGUUGUGCUUCUGGAACUCAUCACUGGGAAGGAAGCAAUUCAAACAAACCAGACAAAACGUGAAAGCUUAGUACUUUGGGCGAGGUCUUUACUUGGCUGUGGCCUAUGUGAACGCCUAAUUGAUCCUUUCUUGAAUGAAGACUACAAGAAGGAAGAAAUGGAAAUAAUGAUAUGUGCGGCACGCCUCUGCCUAUUGCAUUCAUCUUCUAGAAGGCCAAAAAUGAAGAUGAUACUGAGGUUAUUUGAGGAACCAGAAUACUGGCUAAAGAUAAAAAGAGAAAAAGAUGAGCUCCUAAAUGGAUUAUUUCCAAAGGAGAAAUAGACCUCUGGAAACACUAUGAUAAGUCUGGCUGCAAUUAAUCUAGAACUUCUGAUAAUAUCUAAACAUUUUUAACUUGUCAGUAAUCUUAAUCUAUAGAAAUUGGACUAAUGUAUGUCUUGAUAAAAUGGGUCGCAAUUUGGUCCUUUGUUACCUCAUAAACUAGUUAAAUUCAUGGUCAAGGCCAAAUCAAUUCUUCUCUUUUUUCUUUUAUGGUAUUUUCGCAUUUUACAUUAUGCAUCAGAACAAUGGUCAUAGUAGAUGUAAUGCAAUACCCCUUUUUUGUGGAAUUAUACAUUUAAAUUUUAUCAUCCA